CUUCUCUGACUCUCAGGAAGACAGCGACACAUCCCUCUUCCUCGCCAUCCACAUCCCUUAAUUAGUCCCUUCAGAAUUCUUUUUCUUUUCAUUUUUCCUUUUAUUACUUUACUUCUACGCAAUUAAUAUUCAAUAUUUUCUUUAUAUAUAAAUAUAUCAAGUAGCUGAUGAUAUCAUCGUGGAUUUAGGGUUCAUGAAACAGUGUGUAAAGUACUGAUGGAUGAUGAAGAAGAAGAAGAAGACGACGACGGAGCUCUAGGUAAGUAAUUAAUAUGUAUGAUCAAUAUGAGGGUUUUUAACAGGAACAGGGUUCUGGAUCUUAAAUGUGUUAUCCUAGCUUGCUAACAUUAAUUAAUUACUCCCAUUUUGGUUGUGUAAAUUAAUUUCUUUGUUACUGCAUAAAAAGGGGUGUGAAUACACUCACUCCUAUUUGCAUGGUGAUUUUUCAUAUAUUUCUGAUCUGAGUUGAGUUACUGGCAUUAUAGAACGAUCCAAGUAAGGCUCCAGUGCUCCGUGGGGUUUCUGAUGACACCAUUUUAGCAAUUUAAUUAUAGCCUUUUCCAGAAAACUUUCUCCUCUCCUCUUCUCUCCUUAUCCUUGGUUGGCUAUAUAUAAUUAAGGGAUUAUUAUUUGAUUUCUAAAGCUAUAUAUAUAAGUAUGAUUAAAUUUGGCCGCAAUUUCACCAUACUAACCUUCUUGGUUGAAAUUAAUUAAUAAGAGAUUGAAUUGUUAAUAUUAUAUAUAUUAGAAAUUAAUUAUAGGAAUAUUUGGAAGAAAUUAGUGAUGAGAUGAAAAGGAUUUAAGAGAGCUUCCUUCAGUCCACUCAUGGAUGGGGUUUAGGAUUAAUUGUGUGUGUUUGUGAUAUGUUGAUGUCAGUACUAUAGGUGCAUGUGGUAGAUUAAUUUUAGCUAUAUAUAUAUGGAGCAAUUAUAAUAAGAUAAAGACAUAUAUAUGUUAUAAUUUGUUUCUUUGUUUUGUUUGGGAGGAGAGAACUAAGGACGUCGUUUUUUCACUUUUGAUCCUGAAAACCAUAAUAGUAGUGGAUGAUCUUGUUCCAGCUGCUUCUCCUCUCAUGAUAAAUAUCAUUGCCAUAAUCGUGUAUUCCUUCUGUUCCAGUUGUAUAAAAAGAAAGAAAGAAAGAAAAAAAAAAAGGUAAGUCGAAAGUAGAAGGAAAUGAGAAAAUAACCUGCUGGUUGAAAUGUUGCAUUGUUCAGAAAAAGAAAUACUGCCUGCCUGCCUGUUUGCCUGCUUCCAGCUCAGAUUAUUGGAGAUUAGAUCAGACAUGAAUCACAAAACCCUGAGUCCUGAACAAGCAUGCCAUGGCCUGAUGGCCGUAGGAUUGGAUUCUCAUUACCUUCUAUGUUAAAAGCUGAAAACACUAGUGAAGCUACAGUGCUUGUCUCUAUGCAUUAGUUGGAACUUGGAGCUAGUUAAUUUGUUGGCUUUCGUGUACCCUCCCCUCCCUAUUCAAUUUCCAUUUUUUUUAAAAACUACUUGUAGUAGUGGUGGUAGCGUAUAAAACACUACCAUUGCUUGUAUUAAUUGUUAAUAUCUUCAAUAAUUUCUCGGAAAGUGC